GUUUGAAUUUGAGGUCAGGCGGCAACGAGAUCUUUCACGCCAUGAGCGGUGAUAUAGUCGAAUCAAACGAUGUGUCAACUGACAAAGAAGAUCCAUUAGAAUAUUACUACAGAUUGCCAGCUGUUGUUCGGCGUCGAGUGAAAGCCUUAAAAAGAUUACUGCACGAAACUGUUAAGAUUGAUGCUGCAUUCUACAAAGAUCUUUUUGAGUUGGAAUUGAAGUAUGAUGCAAAUCAUCAGCGCAUUUUUGAGCAGAGGAAAGCUAUCAUAACCGGAUCGAGAGAGCCAACUGACGAUGAGUGCGACUGGCCUUCUGACGAUGAACACCCCAGUGCAGAGGGCGACGAAGUAGAUAAACUCUGUGAUGGCAUCAGCAAAACAGUUGGUGUUUCCAAACCAAAUGAAGAUGAUCAUUCAAAGGGCAUCCCUGAGUUUUGGUUGCAAGUUUUGAAAAACGCUCCUUUAGCUAGUGAACUCAUACAGGAGCAUGAUGAAAAAAUUCUACGGCACCUUACCGACAUCAAGUGCACACUUCAUUCAGAUAAACCAGGCUUUUCUCUGGAAUUUUUCUUUUCGCCGAAUGACUACUUCACCAACAAGGUUUUAACGAAGAGGUAUUUCUUUAAUUACGAUAUCUCCCCGGAUGAACCCUUUGACUAUGAAGGUCCUGAGAUCGUUAGCACUAAGGGAUGCACUAUCAACUGGAAUUCAGGGAAGAAUGUCACCGUCAAGAUUGUAAAAAAAAUUCAAAAGCAAAAGGGCGGUGGCGCAAAGCGAACUAUUACUAAGAGUGUUCAAGAGGACUCAUUUUUCAAUUUCUUUAACCCACCAACGGAAGUUCUCUCGGAUGAACUAGAUGACGACACACAGUUACUCUUGGAAAGCGAUUUCAAGCUGGGACAGUUUAUGCGGGACAGUGUGAUUCCAAGGGCAGUGUUGUUUUUCACUGGUGAGGAACUGGCACAAGAGUCUGAUGACGAGGAUGAUGAAGACGAUGAAGAGGACGAGGAUGAUGACGACUCAGAGGACGAAGAAGAGCCUCACGUCAACCACCGGGGUCGUCGCCACAAGCACAGUGGUAGUUCAAAGAGUCCGGGGAAAGUUGGUGCUGCCGAACAACCAGAGUGUAAACAGCAAUGAUCCACAGUUACGCCUUUGGCUUAGAGCAUUUCGACAGAGCAAUCCGGCCCUCAUUUGUCAGCUCCCCUUUCUCUUUUGUGACUUUUUGCACUCGGUGUUACUGUUUGAGAGAACUGUAGAGUCGAUUUAUGUACGAUAAAUAUUCUCGAUCUGGUUUUCCGCUUAAUCGAUGUAUUCUUUAAAAAGUGAGGUUAUCCACAUGUGUACUAUUCUUUUUUUGUCAAAAAUGAUGUUGGGCUCGGUUUUG